AUGAGGAAGGACAAAGACAAGGUUAGCAUUGAAAAUGGGGGCCCAUUUAAAUUCCCAGAGGUUGCCCGUACUGUGCGCGUGGUAAGGGGGUGCCACGGGGGAAGACGCAGAGGGGAGUUAUUUUAUUUGAGAGCCCCACACUACGGUUCGCUUGACAGCUCUCUUGGCAGCUCGCGUGACAAUCCUCUGUUCGAGGGUCCCCCUUCCGAAGGCACCGCAUCCAGCGCGCCACCCCCCAACACACACCUGGAACAUGGGAGAAGCAAAACGCAGAAAUACAUGAACAACCUGAGGAAGGUAAAAAAAGUAGACAACACCAUACUGGGGAGUGAUUUCCACGGGAAGGAGAACGAAAUAAUCCAUGGAAUCCCAGACCGAUUUCUGAACGCAUUCAAGUGGGCAUUACAAUUUCGGUUAAAAAAUUUUAACUGUAAAUUUACGAGAUUAUCAAAGUUGGCCAAAAAAAAUAAUGAAGAAUUAAAAGACUACGAGAAUUAUGCUAUAGGGUAUAAAGAAAACUUACUAGCCAUGUUGCAGAAGGAUAAGGAUUUUUUCCUAAACAUUGUAAAUAAGUUGAAAGCAAAGGAUUAUUUUAACUUUGAUAUUUAUUCUAUCUUCAGAUUUAUCAACAUAGAUAUUCGUUUUUUUUUUUUUCCCGAGUGUCAUGACCAGUCGGCUGUUUUUUUCCUCAUUUUCGGAAAUUUGGAAAAGGCCAUUGACUAUUUUAUACGAAAUAAAGACACCGUUGAUUUUAUGCAGAUGGAGAAGUACAAGAAGAUGGGGGGUGACAACGAGGUACACCUGAGCAUACGGCAGAGGAAGAGGUUGAGGAAGGCGGAACGGAAGCGCGAGAGGGAGGAGCGCCAAAGGGCGUAUAUGGCGCGGGUGGGGGCUUCCUCCUUGGGCGACGCCGACGGGGGUGUAACCACCGCUGACGAGGCAACUGUGAGUGAAGGAAGCAUUGAUGAAGUAACUGUGAGUGAAGAAAGCACCGAUGAAGCAACUGUGAAUGAAGAAGAUACCGAUGACAAAACCGUGAAUGAAGAAAGUACCGAUGACGAAACCGACUUUGGAGCAACGCCUGACUUCUCCAUAAACAGCAUAAGCGAGGCCGCCUCCCUGGAGGACAAAUUCGACUACUUCCUAAAACACUACGAUGAUGUUGAGUUUUUCUUCUUGAACCAUUUUAAGACGCCAGAAGAGAUAAAAUGCUUUUUCGAAAAAUGCCAUGAGGAAGAAAAUAAAAUAAAAAAAGAUGAAAUAAAUUUUAACGCAAAGGGAGAGGAAGUAAUAACCACGAAGCAAGUGCUGAAAAGGGGGCUGAACUUAGAAAUGAUAAAAAAAAUUAUUAAGACAUCUCCCAGAUUAUCUUUAGUAAAUAAAAACACCAUCCUCAAAAGAAUAGCUCAUUACAAAAAUGAGUUAAAAUAUGACCACGACGAAUUGGUGCAUAUUCUGUAUAAUCUCCCACAAUUUUAUGCCUUUGGAAAUUUAAAAAGAAAAUAUAAAGAAUUGCUAAACCUGCAUGAGACCAUAGAAGAGGAAGAUUUAAAAAUACUUAUCAAAAAGUACCCCAGGAUAUUCACCUACAAUGUGUACAGAACCCUCAGACCCAAACUGUUAUACCUCAUUAGACAUAUGAACAAAACGUUUCGAGAUACUCUGUCCUUUCCUCAAUAUUUUAGUUACAGCUUCCGGUUAAGAAUAAUCCCCAGACAUGUUGCCUACAUGAGUUUGUACUAUGACAACUAUAUCAGUUACUAUAAGGAGUUGCUGAGGACACACAAUUAUGCUGACUUUAACACAAAGUUUAACGAGUUGGUUUAUAAACCCAACAUCCCACCCAUCAAUUUGAAAAUGCUUCUGCAAACGUCGAACAAAGAUUUUAUGAAACAUUAUAAAAUUGAUUAUUACGAUUUUGUCAAGUCGACUCAGCUGGCUAAAGAGAUCCACAAUCCGUUCAUACUGGUGUGA